CUCCUCGUUUGGAGGGAUCACAUGUUUGUGCGCUCAGUGGAGUCACAAUACAUUUAAGGCGCAGGCUCGAGGAGAGGACAGGCUGUCGAGAGAAGGAGUUCGACCUCCAUUAGUCUCUUUUUCUCAAGAAUUUUCCCCCUGGAGCUGCAAACAUGCGCGUAAUUCCGCCUCUGUUUGUCCUGCUGUGCGCCUGCUGCACCGUUCAUCCAACCGAAGGACGCAGAACAUAUGGAGACAUGUUUUCCCACAAACACUCUUUAACAAGGGAGCUUCCAUUUCCGAUUCCUCCUAUUCCCGGAUGGGACCCUGACACCAAUCCAUGGGACGAUUACCUCUAUCCCCCGCUGGGCUCAAACCCGAGAGAGCUCAUGCAUCACAGAGGUAAACCCAACGUCCGCCUGACCAGUGACAGUCCGGCUCUCAACGGCUCGUGCAUCACCUUCACGGCCAAGCUGGAGUAUCCUCCCUGCCAGAAGGAGGAUGAUAACGGAGACCUUGUGUGGGAUGAGCACUGUGAGGAUGGUACGGAGCUGGAGGCUUCAGCAAAUGGACAAGUUCGCUCCGGUUACGUCUACAACUGGACGUCCUGGUUGGACGACUAUGGCUUCGGAAAGUGCAUUGACAAAAGUAAAUGUAAUGUUUUCCCCGAUGGCAAACCCUUCCCUCAGAGCAACGACUGGAGGCACAAGAGCUACGUCUACGUUUGGCACACGAUGGGUCAGUACUACGAAACAUGUGAUGGUUCCUCUUCCAGCGUGACCAUCAACACCACCAACAUCCCUCUGGGAGCUGAAGUCAUGGAGGUUUUGGUCUACAGGCAGCGGGAGCGCAGGAAGUACAGCCCUCUCACUACCGACAACAGCGUCUAUUACAUAACAGAUAAGAUCCCAGUGGCGGUCGACAUCUCCCAAAAGUCUGCGGUUAACCAGUCUGCGAACGUGUUCGUCCGUGGCGAGGACGUGGUCUUCGCAGUUCACCUUCACGACCCCAGCAACUACCUGAAAACUGCAGUGGCCAUCGACUACAUCUGGGAUUUCAGAGACGGCAACCAGCUGGUGACACACCGAGAGCUGACCACGCACACCUACACGUCGCUGGGGAAGAUGAGUGUGAAGCUGGUGGUGGAGGCCGCCUUUCCUGUUGAGUGUCCCCCGGCGUCUGCCACCUCGGCGCCACCUCACACAGACACUCCAACCACUCCUCCUGCCAGUCACGUUGUAACAACUAAGACAAGGACCUCUACAGCUCUCCAAAGCACCAGCCAGCCCUCUCUCUCUUCCUCCACCGCUUCCAUGACCACUGAGCUGCCCACCACGGAGCCCCUACCCCCCACUGAGUCCAUCUCCACCACCAUGCCGUGGCUGCGCACCAGGCGACUCAACUGCAAUCAGUGUUUACGGUAUGCCUACGGGACCUUCACAGGAAACAUCACCAUCGUUGAGCCAAAGCACCCGCUGAAGAGCUGGCCAAACAGUCGCAUUGUGGACGUGUCUGCUGCCAGAGUGACCAACACUGAGGUCAACUUCAUGGUCAAAUGUUUGGGCAGCAUCCCCACCUCGGCCUGCACCAUUGUGUCCGAUCCCAGCUGCACUCAGGUGCGUAACAUCAUGUGCGAUGAUGUACCACCAUCGUCGGACUGCCAGGUGAAUCUGAGGCGGCGGUUUCUGGAACCCGGCACCUACUGUGUCAACAUCACCCUGGAGAACUCCAGCAGCAUGGCGCUCGCCAGCACCAUCGUCACCAUCAGCAAGGCCCAGGACCCGCCCGCUCCCAAGCCUGCCAGUUCUGCUGGGGUGGUUCUGUCUUCAGCCGCUGUGUUACUGGCCAUUUUUGGAUUUAUUGCAUAUCUAAUCUUCAAGCGUCACAAAGUGUACCGGCCCAUCCGAAGGUCACUGGUGGAGGACAGCUGUGGCCACGCCGGGGCGGCAGGUCACAUGGUCCGGCUGAGAGAAGCUCUCUUCCCCUCCAGUGAGGAGAGCCGCCACUUGCUGACGGAGAGACUCCCUGCAUAAUUUUAAAAAUAUGCCUCCUGUAUCUUUAAAACGACAAUGUUGCAAUGCUGAAUUUGGCAACAGCAACUCCUAAAUCAAUAGGAAGCUAAAUUAAAAAAAAAGGCAUUUUCAGGAAAUUAUACUAAUAUUACGCCAAUACCUGAUUUUUAUGAUGAUUUGCUCAAGGCUGAUAAAUUUGUGACCAUUCUAACUGAUGUCUUCCAGAGAUCUAACAUACUUGUCUCAUUAAAACUUCUUUUUUGUGUGAAGAUCCUUCUGUUCCUUGCACCUUUAUAGCAGUAAGAUCAAUUAUCGAUUGACAUUUGUUGUGAUGUUUUACAGAUCAAUUUAUCAAGACUAAUUCCAAACAAGCAUUUCAUAGUUUGAUGUGCUGUUUUCAAUAAAGAUUGAACUAACAGACAA